GAGCGCGGGGGCCCGGCCACUCGGAGCAGCUCUGCCGCGGGGACUGCACCGCCCGCCCUGCCGGACCCGCCCCGAUUGGGGCUCGCCUCCGCCAGCAGCCGCAGCACCACAGCCUUGGGCCCCGCGCCGGCUAUGGCUGUGCCCUAGGGCUGAGCGCGCAGGCUGUGUGACUGAGAUUCCUGACAAGAGAGACUGAGGGGAAGAGAGGAAGGAGGGGCGGGCUCCUGGCAAGGCAUCCGCUCCAGAACAGAAUCCUGCAAAGAUGGAGAAGGAGGAAGAGACAACCCGGGAACUGCUGCUGCCCAACUGGCAGGGCAGCGGCUCCCACGGGCUGACCAUCACCCAGAGGGAUGACGGUGUCUAUGUACAGGAGGUGAUGCAGAACUCCCCUGCGGCCCGCACUGGGGUGGUCAAGGAGGGGGACCAGAUUGUGGGUGCCACUAUCUACUUUGACAACCUGCAGUCAGGCGAGGUGACCCAGCUGCUAAACACCAUGGGGCACCAUACGGUGGGCCUGAAGCUGCACCGCAAGGGGGACCGUUCCCCUGAGCCUGGCCAGACCUGGACACAUGAAGUCUUCAGCUCCCGCAGCUCUGAAGUGGUUCUGAGCGGGGAUGAUGAGGAGUACCAGCGUAUCUACACCACGAAGAUCAAGCCUCGGCUGAGGUCGGAGGAUGGAGUGGAAGGGGACCCUGGGGAGACCCAGAGCCGCACCAUCACAGUGACCAGAAGGGUCACGGCCUACACUGUGGAUGUGACUGGCCGAGAAGGAGCCAAGGACAUUGACAUCAGCAGCCCUGAAUUUAAGAUCAAGAUCCCAAAGCAUGAACUGACUGAAAUCUCCAACAUGGACGUGGAGACCCAGUCAGGGAAGACAGUGAUCAGACUGCCCUCAGGCUCAGAGGCAGUCUUUCCAGCCACAGGCUCUGCUGUGGAGAUCCAAGCAGGGGCCAUUUCUGCUUCAGGACCAGAGCUCCAAGGUGCUGGCCACUCAAAGCUCCAGGUCACCAUGCCUGGGAUAAAGGUGGGAACCUCCAGUGUCAAUGUUAGCACGAAGGGCAUAGACUUGGGUGGCAGAGGAGGGGUCCAAGUACCAGUAGCGGACGUUUCACCUUCUCUUGGGGGUGGGGCAGUGGAAGUGCAGGGCCCAUCCCUUGAGAGUGAUGAUAAUGAGAAAAUUAAAAUUCCCACUGUGAAGGUACCAAAAUUUGGUGUCUCGACAGGGCCUGAGGGCCAGGUGCCAGAGGCCAGGCUAAGUGUUUCUGCACCUGAAUUCUCUAUGGGGCACCAGGGCAGCAGGCCAGGCAUUACUGUCAGUGGGAACAUCCAGGCCCCUCAGCCGGAAGUCAGUGCCUCCUCUGCCAAUUUUGAGGGGCUUAAAGGGAAGCUGAAGGGCCCCCAAAUCACUGAGCCAUCACUUGAAGGUGACCUAGGCUUGAAAGGUGCCAAGCCACAGGGGGACAUUGGGGUACACACCUCUGCUCCCCAAAUUGAGGGCAGCAUCACUGGCCCUAAUGUGGAAGUUUCUGUUCCUGAUGUUGAUGUUCAUGGGCCUGGGAGCAAAAUGCAUGUGCCCAAAAUGGAAGUCCCCAAAUUCUCUGUAUCUGGUUCAAAAGGAGAGGGAGCUGGCGUUAAGGUGACCAUGCCCACAGGUGAAGUGACUCUUCCUGGGGUCUCUGGGGAUGUCAGUCCACUUGAGAUUGCUACUGGUGGGCUGGAAGGGAAGAUGGAAGGUGCUAAAGUCAAGACUCCUGAAAUGAUUAUUCAAAAACCUAAAAUUUCUAUGCAGGACAUAGAUCUGAGCUUCGGGUCCUCUAAACUGAAAGGAGAUAUUAAAGUUUCUGCUCCUGGGGUGAAAGGUAAUGUUAAAGUGCCUCAAGUGGCAGUUAAAGGCUCCAGAGUGGAUAUAGAGACACCAAACCUGGAGGGGACCUUGACAGGCCCCAACCUUGGCAGUCCUUCUGGGAAAACAGGAACCUGUAGGAUCUCUAUGGCAGAUGUAGACUUAAGUGCUACUGUACCUAAAGUGAAAGGGGGUGUAGAUGUCACACUCCCAAAAGUAGAAGGGAAAGUCCCUGAAGUUGAUGUCAAAGGGCCUAAAGUGGAUGUCAGUGCUCCAGAUGUGGAAGUUCAUGGCCCCGAAUGGAACCUGAAAAUGCCCAAGAUGAAAAUGCCCAAGUUCAGCACUCCAGGAGUCAAAGGUGAAAGCCCAGAUGUAGACGUGACUCUACCCACAGGAGAUGUCAUUAUUUCAGGGCCUAAGGUCAAUGUGGAAGCCCCAAAUGUCAACAUGGAAGAUCUGGGUGUCAAACUUGUAGGCCCUGAUAUUAAACUGCCUGAUGUGAGUGUCAAGACACCAAAAGCCUCUAUGCCUGAUGUAGAUUUGCAUUUUAAAGGCACAAAGGUAAAGGGGGAAUAUGAUGUCACAGUACCAAAGCUUGAAGGAGAACUGAAAGGCCCAAAAGUGGACAUUGAUGCCCCAGAUGUGGAUGUCCAAGGCCCCGACUGGCACCUGAAGAUGCCCAAGGUGAAAAUGCCCAAGUUCAGCAUGCCUGGCUUCAAAGGAGAGGGCCCAGAAGUGGAAGUGAACCUGCCUAAGGCUGACAUUGAUGUCUCAGGACCCAAGGUGGAUAUUGAUGUUCCAGAUGUGAAUAUUGAAGGCCCAGAUGCAAAACUGAAGGGUCCCAAGUUUAAAAUGCCUGAGAUGAACAUCAAGGCUCCUAAAAUAUCAAUGCCAGAUUUGGACCUUAAUCUUAAAGGCCCUAAAAUGAAAGGAGAGGUGGAUGUUUCCCUUCCUAAUGUAGAAGGUGAUUUGAAAGGUCCAACUGUUGACAUAAAGGGCCCAAAGGUAGAUGUUGAUGUCCCAGAUAUUGACAUUCAUAGCCCAGAUGCCAAAUUAAAAAGUCCAAAACUGAAGAUGCCUGACAUGCAUGUAAACAUGCCCAAGAUCUCCAUGCCAGAAAUUGACUUGAAUUUGAAAGGCUCGAAGCUGAAGGGAGAUGUUGAUAUUUCUGGGCCCAAAUUGGAAGGUGACAUUAAUAUGGAUGUAAAGGGCCCAGAAGUAGACAUUUCCGGUCCUAAGGUCAAUAUUGAAGGCAAGUCAAAGAAAUCUCGUUUUAAACUUCCCAAAUUUAAUUUUUCAGGCUCCAAAGGUCAGACACCUGAGGUAGAUGUCAAAUUAAAAAAACCAGAUGUUGAUGUAACAGGUCCAAAAGUUGAUAUUAAUGCUCCUGAUGUUGAGGUCCAAGGAAAGGUGAAAGGAUCCAAAUUUAAAAUGCCUUUCUUGAGUAUUUCUUCUCCCAAAGUUUCUAUGCCUGAUGUGGAGCUAAAUUUAAAAGGUCCUAAAGUCAAAGGAGACUUAGAUCUUGCAGUUCCCAAUUUGGAAAAUGAAUUAAAAGGUCCUGCAGUGGAUAUUAAGGCACCAGAAGUUCAUCUCAAUGCACCUGAUGUGGAUGUUCAUGGUCCAGACUGGAAUCUGAAAAUGCCCAAGAUGAAAAUGCCGAAAUUCAGUGUGCCUGGCUUAAAAGCAGAAGGGCCAGACAUGGCUGUGGAUUUACCAAAAGGAGACAUCAACAUAGAGGGUCCAAGGAUGAACAUUGAGGGUCCAGGAAUCAAUGUGGAAGGUCCAGAGGGAGAAUUAAAAGAUCCCAAAUUCAAGAUGCCUGACAUAAAUAUCAAAGCCCCUAAGAUCUCCAUGCCUAACAUUGACUUAAACCUGAAGGGCCCUAAGGUGAAGGGUGAUGUGGAUGUUUCUCUGCCCAAAGUGGAAGGUGACCUCAAGGGCCCUGACAUUGAUAUCAAGGGUCCCAAAGUGGACCUAAGCACCCCAGACGUAGAUGUUCAUGGUCCAGACUGGCACCUAAAGAUGCCAAAGGUAAAAAUGCCCAAGUUCAGCAUGCCUGGCUUCAAAGGGGAGGGCCCAGAAGUGGACAUGAACCUUCCCAAGGCAGACAUUGAUGUCUCAGGACCCAAGGUGGACAUUGAUUUUCCAGAUGUGAAUAUUGAAGGCCCAGAUGCAAAACUAAAGGGUCCCAAGUUCAAGAUGCCUGAGAUGAACAUCAAAGCUCCUAAGAUUUCCAUGCCUGACAUUGAUCUCAACUUGAAGGGCCCCAAAAUGAAGGGUGAUGUGGAUGUGUCUUUGCCAAAAGUGGAAGGUGACCUCAAAGGCCCCAAGGUGGACAUUGACAUUCCUGAUACUAACAUCGAAGGCCCUGAGGGUAAAUUGAAAGGGCCCAAAUUUACAAUGCCAGAGAUGCACCUAAAAGCUCCCAAAAUAUCGAUGCCGGACAUUGAUUUAAACCUGAAGGGCUCCAAGAUGAAGGGUGAUGUAGACAUUUCCAUUCCCAAGAUUGAAGGGGAUCUAAAAGGCCCAGAGGUUGAUAUCAAAGGUCCCAAAGUGGACAUCAAUGCCCCAGAUGUUGAUGUCCAAGGCCCCGACUGGCACCUGAAGAUGCCCAAGGUGAAAAUGCCCAAGUUCAGCAUGCCUGGCUUCAAAGGAGAGGGCCCAGAUGUUGAUGUUACCCUUCCUAAAGCUGACAUUGACAUUUCUGUCCCCAACGUGGAUAUUGAUAUCCCAGAUGUCAAUGUUGAAGGUCCAGAUGCAAAACUGAAGGGCCCAAAGUUCAAGAUGCCAGAGAUGAACAUUAAAGCCCCCAAAAUCUCCAUGCCUGAUAUUGAUUUUAACUUAAAGGGCCCCAAACUGAAGGGUGAUGUAGAUGUCUCUCUGCCCAAAGUAGAAGGUGACUUCAAGGGCCCUAAAGUUGAUAUGAAGGUUCCCAGUGUGGACAUUGAUACUCCUGAUGUCAAUAUUGAAGGUCCAGAAGGAAAACUAAAGGGACCCAAAUUUAAGAUGCCUGAGAUGAACAUCAAAACUCCCAAGAUCUCUAUGCCUGACUUUGAUUUGCAUCUGAAAGGCCCCAAAGUAAAAGGUGAUAUGGACAUUUCACUACCUAAGGUGGAAGGUGAUCUGAAAGGGCCAGAGGUGGACAUUGAAGGUCCUGAAGGGAAACUCAAAGGUCCCAAGUUUAAGAUGUCUGAUGUACAUUUCAAAACUCCACAAAUCUCUAUGAGUGACAUUGAUUUGAACUUGAAAGGACCUAAGAUAAAAGGAGAUGUGGAUGUUUCCAUUCCUAAACUGGAAGGGGAUCUGAAAGGCCCUAAAGUGGAUGUUAAAGGCCCUAAGCUAGAGGUAGACACUCCUGACAUUGGCAUUCAUGGUCCAGAAGGGAAACUGAAGGGCCCCAAGUUUAAAAUGCCUGACCUGCACCUCAAGGCACCCAAAAUCUCCAUGCCUGAUGUUGACCUGAAUUUGAAGGGUCCAAAGGUGAAGGGUGAUGUGGAUGUUUCUCUGCCCAAUGUCGAAGGUGAUUUCAAAGGCCCUGAAGUUGACAUGAAGGGCCCCAAAGUGGACAUUGAUGUCCCAGAUGUGGAUGUUCAUGGCCCUGACUGGCACCUAAAGAUGCCCAAGGUGAAAAUGCCCAAGUUCAGCAUGCCUGGCUUCAAAGGAGAGGGUCCAGAAGUGGACGUGAGCCUUCCCAAAGCUGAUAUUGAUGUUUCAGGACCCAAGGUGGACAUUGAUGUUCCAGAUGUGAAUAUUGAAGGCCCAGAUGCAAAACUGAAGGGUCCCAAGUUCAAGAUGCCUGAGAUGAAUAUCAAAGCCCCCAAGAUUUCCAUGCCUGACAUUGACUUAAACCUGAAAGGUCCCAAAGUAAAGGGUGAUAUGGAUGUUUCUCUGCCCAAUGUGGAAGGUGACCUUAAGGGCCCUGAAGUUGACAUCAAAGGCCCCAAAGUGGACAUCAGUGCCCCAGAUGUAGAUGUUCAUGGCCCCGACUGGCACCUGAAGAUGCCCAAGGUAAAGAUGCCCAAAUUCAGCAUGCCUGGCUUCAAAGGGGAGGGCCCAGAAGUAGAUGUGAACCUGCCUAAGGCUGACAUUGAUGUCUCAGGACCCAAGGCAGACAUUGACGUUCCAGAUGUGAAUCUUGAAGGUCCAGAAGCAAAACUAAAGGGCCCUAAGUUCAAGAUGCCUGAGAUAAAUAUCAAAACUCCCAAGAUCUCCAUGCCUGAUGUUGACCUGGAUUUGAAAGGACCUAAAGUGAAAGGAGAUUUUGAUGUAUCUGUCCCUAAGAUGGAAGGUACUUUGAAAGGCCCAGAAGUUGAUCUUAAAGGUCCAAGUCUGGAUUUCGAAGUCCCUGAUGUCAAACUCAGUGGCCCAACUUUGAAGAUGCCAUCACUGGAUAUAUCUGCUCCUAAAGUGACUGUUCCUGAUAUUGAUUUACAUCUCAAGACACCAAAAAUUGGAGUUUCUGGUCCAAAAAUAGAAGGUGGUGAAAUGGACCUCAAAGGGCCUAAAGUUGAUUUAGAAGCUCCAGGCUUAGAUGUAAACGUUGAGAGCCCAGAUAUCAAUGUUGAGGGACCAGAUGUUAAAAUUCCCAAAUUUAAGAAACCCAAAUUUGGAUUUGGGGCAAAAAGCCCUAAAGCUGACAUCAAGACACCUUCAGUAGAUGUGACUGUUCCUGAGGCAGAGCUGAACCUUGAGACUCCUGAAAUCAGUGUUGGUGCCAAGGGCAAGAAAAGUAAGUUUAAAAUGCCUAAAAUUCAUAUGAGUGGUCCUAAAAUUAAGGCCAAAAAACAGGGAUUUGAUUUGAAUGCUCCUGGGGGUGAAAUUGAUGCCAGUCUCAAGGCUCCUGAUGUGGAUGUCAAUGUUCUAGGGCCGGAUGCCACACUCAAAGUUGAUGUGAAAUCUCCCAAAACCAAGAAACCUAUGUUUGGAAAAAUGUACUUCCCGGAUGUGGAGUUUGACAUUAAAUCACCCAAAUUUAAAGCUGAGGCUGCCCUCCCUAGCCCCAAAAUGGAGGGUGAAAUUCAGGCGCCUGAUGUGGAUAUUUCUUCACCAGGGAUUAAUGUUGAAGGUCCUGAUAUCAAGGUAAAGGCUCCCAAGUUCAAGAUGCCAGGUGUGGAUGUCUCAGGGCCAAAAAUAGAGGGUGAUUUGAAAGGCCCCAGGAUGCAGGCCAACUUGGAUGCACCUGACCUCAACAUUGAAGGCCCAGAUGCUAAAAUCAAAGCACCAUCUUUCGGCAUUUCUGCCCCUCAAGUCUCUAUCCCUGACGUGAAUGUGAACUUGAAAGGACCAAAGAUAAAGAGCGAUGUUCCCAGUGUGGGACUGGAAGGACCAGACAUAGAUCUGCAAGGUCCAGAAGCAAAAAUCAAGUUCCCCAAAUUUUCAAUGCCCAAGAUUGGUGUCCCUGGUGUGAACAUGGAAGGUGGGAGUGCUGAGGUCCAUGCCCAGCUUCCUUCUCUUGAAGGAGGCUUGAGUGUACCAGAUGUUAAGCUCGAAGGGCCUGAUGUCUCUCUAAAGGGACUAGGAGCUGACUUGCCUUCAGUGAACCUCUCUAUGCCAAAAGUCUCUGGCUCUGACCUCGACCUGAACUUGAAAGGACCAAGUAUAAAAGGGGAUGUGGAUGCAUCUGUUCCCAGUGUGAAGGUGCAUGCUCCAGGGCUCAACCUCAGAGGUGCUGAUGGAAAGGUGCAGGUAGGAGGAGAUGGUGUGAAAGUUCCGGGGAUUGAUGCAACAACAACACUUAAAGUUGGGGCACCAGACGUGACGCUAAGGGGACCAAGCCUGCAGGGAGACCUGGGUGUCUCUGGUGACAUCAAAUGCCCUAAAGUAUCUGUAGGUCCUCCUGACCUAAGCUUGGAGGCAUCUGAAGGUGGCCUGAAACUUCCUAAAAUGAAGCUGCCCCAAUUUGGCAUCUCCACCCCAGGGUCUGACUUGGACAUUAAUAUCAAGGGGCCACAAGUUGCUGGGGAGCUAAAGGGGCCAGGCAUGAAUGUGAACCUGAAAGGGCCUCAGAUUUCAGCACCAGAUGUGGACUUUAACUUGGAAGGACCAAAAGUGAAAGGGAGUGUUGGGGCCACUGGUGAGAUGAAAGGUCCCACUGUUGAAGGAGGUCUUCCGGGUGUCAGCAUUCAAGGUCUAGGAGGAAACUUCCAAAUGCCUGGAAUUAAGUCCUCUGGAUGUGAUGUGGCCCUACCAGAAGUGAAUGUGAAACUCCCGACCGGGCAGAUUUCUGGUCCUGAAGUCAAAGGCGACCUAAAAGGUUCAGGUGUAGGUUUCCAUGGGGCUGUUCCUGAUAUCAGUGUGAAAGGGCCUUCUUUCAAUGUGUCAUCUCCUGAGUCAGAUCUUGGCAUCAGCUUGAAGGCCCCCAAAAUCAAAGGAGGUGUGGAUAUUUCAGGGGGUGUCAGUGCCCCAGAUAUUAGCUUGGACAAAGGACAUGUGAGUGUCAAAGGUUCUGGGGGUGAGUGGAAGGGACCCCAGGUCUCCUCUGCUCUCAACUUGGAUGCAUCUAAGUUUGCUGGGGGCCUUCAUUUCUCAGGACCAAAGAUAGAAGGAGAUGUGAAAGGAACUCAGAGUGGACUUCAGGCUCCUGGGCUAAGUGUGUCUGGGCCUCAAGGUCACCUGGAAAGUGGAUCUGGAAAAGUAACAUUCCCCAAGAUGAAGAUCCCCAAAUUUACCUUCUCUGGCCGUGAGCUAGUUGGCAGAGAAGUGGGGGUGGAUAUUAACUUCCCUAAAGUAGAGGCAACCGUCCAGGCUGGUGCUGGAGAAGGCGAGUGGGAAGAGUCUGAAGCAAAACUUAAAAAAUCCAAAAUCAAAAUGCCCAAGUUUAGUUUUUCCAAACCUAAAGGGAAAGGUGGUAUCACUGGCUCACCAGAAGCAUCCAUUUCUGGGUCUAAAGGUGACCUGAAAAGUUCAAAAGCCAGCCUAGGCUCUCUGGAAGGAGAGGCAGAGGCUGAAACUUCUUCACCCAAAGGCAAAUUCUCUUUAUUUAAAAGUAAGAAGCCCCGGCACCGCUCAAAUUCAUUCAGUGAUGAAAGGGAGUUCUCUGCACCUUCCACCCCCACGGGGACUUUGGAGUUUGAAGGUGGGGAAGUGUCACUGGAAGGUGGGAAAGUGAAAGGGAAACAUGGGAAGCUGAAAUUCGGUACCUUUGGUGGAUUGGGGUCAAAGAGCAAAGGUCAUUAUGAGGUGACUGGGAGCGAUGAUGAGGCAAGCAAGUUACAAGGGAGUGGAGUGUCCUUGGCCUCUAAGAAGUCCCGACUGUCCUCUUCUUCUAGCAAUGACAGUGGGACUAAGGUUGGCAUCCAGCUUCCUGAGGUGGAGCUGGCGGUUUCCACAAAGAAAGAGUAGCAGGCCUCUGUUAUGUGUGUACAUAUAUAUAUAUAACAAAACAGCAGCUUCGGGUGUGUUUGUAUAUAAACUCCAAAGAGAAACACACCGACAGCCUCAGCAAUAAUGCAGAGAGCUUGCCUCUCUUGGUGGCAAGCACUGAAAAACCAACUGCCUUUUCGGCUUCUGGAACUAUAUAGUUAGGCAAAGAAUUCCAAGUUCAUUCAGCCCACGUGCAAAGUCAGCAGCAUUUGCCUUAAGAUUUCAGGGGUUUUUUUGCAUUGAACGCUGAGAGCUCCUGUUUACUAAGCAAGCUUUUGUGUUUAUUAUCAUUUUUACUGAACAUUGUUAGUCAUGGGGUAUCAGAAACCCACUUUUUCAUUGUAAUGACUUUUGGGGCUUUUGUUAGUAUGGGAGGGUGGGGUAAUAGGCAGCAGAGAGGGCCACAUCUCUAUUUCUCCUAAGAUUGGAUCCAUUCAAACAACAGACACCCAAAGAUGGCCCAGAGGAGGCGACAGCUGGGGUGUGUGGGUGUUUCUAGAGCUCUUUAGCAUUGCUUUUUUCCCCCCAGGGGUGGCGUUCCCAGAUGGUUUGGUGCUGGUGGUGAGAGGGAAUUAAAAUUUGUUUGCAAAUUGUCCAACCCACCAGCUCAAAUUGAGGGGCUUCCAGUCUGUGUUUUGUGAGAGAAAUGUAUUCACAACUGCCAUGCUCCUGAUAUUCUGAUUUCUUUUAAAAUGUUAUUGUAAUUUAGAAAAUUUCCAGCACUUUAAUGGCAAAUUAAUUGAGAAUGUAAGAAAAUCAAUGCUGUACAAGGCAAAUAAAGCUGUUUAUUAACCCUGA